AAAAAACCGAAUCCGACCCUAUCUCUUUUUUUAUUUCUCUAUCAUUUCCAAAACAAAUGUCUCAAGAAACAGAAAAGUAUGCACCUAUUCAAGGCGGUGGCUCUCUCGUUAUUGCCUACCAAGUAGCUAACAAAAAUAUUCUCAUUGUUGGAGGUGGUAAUGUUGCAGCACAACGAAUUGUCUCGCUCAAGAUUGCAGACGCUGUCGUUACAAUUGUCUCGCCUGAACAAGGACUUCACCCUGAAGUUAAGUACCGUAUUGAAAAUGGUGAAGUCUCCUGGAAGAAUCGUAAUUUCCAAGACGACGAUCUGGAUACGGCCGAUAUGGUUUUGACAGCUCUGGACGAUCAUGAAGAAAGUUUGCGUAUUGGCCACUUGUGCAGAGAAAAGCGUAUUCCUGUCAACGUAGCGGAUGUACCUCCCAUGUGCGAUUUCUAUUUCAUGAGCCAACAUCGUGAUGGGCCUCUUCAAAUCGCGGUGUCAACCAACGGUCAAGGACCUAAAAUGGCCAACAUGAUUCGUGUAACCGCUGCCAAAGCUUUGCCAGAAGACAUGGGUGCUACUAUUGAAAAAAUGGGUAAAUUACGUGCCAAAGUAAGAGAAUGGGAGCCUGAAAUGAAGAAUUCGGGUAAAAGAAUGACUUGGGUGACAAAAGUAUGUGAAAAAUGGGGUAUGAAGGGUAUGGGCCGCUUGAAUGAACUGAAGACAGAAGAACAAGAAGAGGCUGCUUUUAAAAAAUUGCGUGAAUAUUUCAUGAUUGGUGCUGUACCUAGUAUCGAUAGUAUCUUAAAGUCGGAUAAGAAGCCUCGUAUUACCUUGAUUGGCGGUGGCCCUGGUGACCCUGAACUAAUUACUGUCAAAGCAAAACGUUUGUUGGAAGAAGCUGAUUUGGUUAUUAGUGAUCGUUUAAUCCCAAGCCAGAUUUUGGAUUUGGUGCAAGGUGAAUUACGUAUCGCCCGCAAAUUCUCAGGUAAAUCAGAUGAAGCGCAAGAGGAAUUGAUGAACUGGUGUCUUGAUGGGUUAAAGCAGGGUUUACAUGUUGUGAGACUUAAGAUCGGCGAUCCCCUUUUAUUUGGAAGGGGUGGAGAAGAAAUUCUUUGGUUCCGUGAACGUGGAUUUGAGCCUGAAUUAAUUGCUGGUAUUUCAAGUGCUUUCUCUGCACCUAUGGCAGCCAUGAUUCCAGUGACAUAUCGUGGCGUAUCAGAUCAAGUGAUUAUCACUACGGGUCGAGGCACAAAGGGAUCUAUGCCUGAUUUGCCUAUUUAUGGAGCCACGCAAACAUUAGUAGUAUUGAUGGCUGUCGGGAGAGCCUCCGAAUUACGAUCCAUGUUAAUUGAUCGUCAGUAUCCAUUGGAUGUGUCUAUUUGUUGGAUCGAAAACUCAAAUUGCCCUGAAGAGCGUAUUGUUUUUGGAACUGUUGAUACUUUAGCUAAAACAGUGGAGGAAAACGACAUUAAAGCGCCAGCUGUACUUGUAGUCGGUCAUUCUAACACUGUCCUUAAUACGCCAACUAAUCUAUAAUUGGUUAAUUUCAUUUAAAAAACGAAAUUUCAUGGUGUAUUUGUGUCACAGUAGGCAAUCAUCUUUUUGUAAAUAUGUGUAAUAAAUCGAGUCAGUCUUGAAGAUGCAGAAUGUGUUGGCAUCAUCUGCAUUCUUUUUUUUAAUUAUCA